AUGAAGCUCGCUGGGGUUAUCCUAGCCGUCUCGGCUCUCCUGCCCGCUGCUCUUGCCUGCAACGGAUAUACGGGUGGUGUCCCUAAAGCUGUUGAUACUAAAACCAACAGCAAGGUCAUUGAGGUCCCUGCUGGCAAGGUCUUCGACGGUGGCUGGUAUAGGUACGACCGUGGUAAUGGCGCUUGCUCUGGCCAAACUGAAGGCGGCGCUGCUGACGCUGUCUUCUUACUACAUGAGGGUGCCACCCUCCGCAACGUGAUUAUCGGCAAGAACCAGGCCGAGGGGGUCCACUGCCAAGGAAAUUGUGUGCUUGAAUUCGUCUGGUUCGAGCAAGUCUGCGAGGAUGCUAUCUCCAUUAAAGAAGAUAAGCCCGGCACCCAGAGUUGGAUCAUUGGUGGUGGUGCCUACCACGCGUCUGACAAGGUUGUGCAACAUAACGGUUGCGGGACCGUUAACAUCAUCAACUUCUAUGUCAACGACUACGGAAAACUGUACCGUUCUUGUGGAAAUUGCUCUAAGCAGUGCAAGCGUAACGUCUACAUUGAGGGUGUUACUGCCGUGAAAGGUGGAGAGCUCGCUGGGAUCAACUCCAACUACGGCGAUACAGCUACACUGAAGAACGUCUGCGCAGAUGCGAAGGUCAAGUGUCAGAUGUACACUGGCUGCGCGGGUGGCUGCGAGCCAAAGAAGGCUGGUACAUGCAGUGGCUAA